AUGUUCCAGACUGCUGCUUUACUUUCCCGUUCGGCUUGGAAGGGACCUCACAUUGUACCACUACCGAUCAAAGAGGCAAUGGCUAAAGGAACGCCUAUCAGAACGAACGCCAGAGCUGCAACGAUACUUCCUCAGUUUGUAGGACUGAAGUUCCAAGUGCACAAUGGUAAGGAGUACGUGGCGUUUGAAGUUGUAGAAGAUAUGGUUGGCAGAAAACUGGGCGAGUUUGUCCCCACGAGAAAGAGAUUCAGUUAUACUCAAACGAAGAACAAAUGA